GCGACGCGAUUCCUGCUCCAUGACUCUUCAUCCUCUUCGUCCACAACACACUCGAGAAGAGAGAGAGAGACCAGGACCAUGUCUAAUCUUCGUUAUCCGCUCAGCAACGCGGAUCUGGCCAAGUUGCAGUCGAGCUACUCCGAGCCGGCGUGGUGGAAGGAAGCGGUGGUGUAUCAAAUCUGGCCCGCUUCUUUCCUGAACGGGAAUGCGCAAGAUGGGGUGGGAGAUUUGGGAGGAGUGAUGAGCAAGCUGGACUACCUGAAAGAUUUGGGCGCGGAUGUGGUUUGGUUGAGUCCUUGCUACGAGAGUCCGGACAAGGAUUACGGAUAUGAUGUGGCGGAUUACAAAAAGAUUGCCGACAGGUACGGAUCCAACGAGCAGCUGGAACAGCUUAUUGCCGAGUUGAAGAAGCGCGAUAUGAAACUCAUGAUGGAUUUGAUUGUCAAUCACACGAGCUCGGAGCACGCUUGGUUCAAAGAAUCACUAAAGGGAAAAGACUCACCAAAGAGGGACUGGUACAUCUGGCGCAAGGGCAAGGUGGGAGCGAAUGGGGAAAAAUUGCCGCCCAACAAUUGGGUGGCCUUCUUUACCGGUCCAGCAUGGACGUACGACGAAGCGUCAGACGAGUGGUACCUGUGCAUCUUUAGUCCUUGGCAACCAGACUUGAAUUGGGAGAAUCCUGCAGUGAGGGAAGCUGUGCACGACAUCGCCAAAUUCUGGCUCGACAAGGGCGUAGCGGGUUUCCGCAUGGAUGUGAUCAACGAGAUCAGCAAGACGUACAAUGCCGAUGGAUCUCUGCCUGAUGCGCCGAUCACUGAGCCUAAUUCAAAGUAUCAACCCGCCGUAUCGCUAUUCUGCGACGGGCCGCGCGUACAUGAAUUCAUACAGGAGCUGGGCGAAAAGGUGCUCAGCAAGUACGACACCAUCACGGUGGGCGAGACACCGCACGCAAAGCAUCCCGAUAUCCUCUUGCCUUGGACGCAUCCUGCGCGCCACGAGCUGCGGUCUUGCUUCACCUUUGACCUGCACGAUCAAGACGGAGAUCAGCAGUGGCCCUUGAUCCCAAAGAAGAUCCACUUGCCGCAUUUCGCCGGCAUCGUGAACAAGUGGCAGACGUACUGUCACCGAACGAGCGCGUGGUUGGCCAACUACUUUGAGAAUCACGAUCAAGCACGCACGGUCAGUCGAUGGGCUUCCGACAGUGCCGAACAUCGCAAGACGGCAGCGAGAAUGAUCAGUCUCUUCCAGACGAGCUUGAGCGGAUCUCUAUACGUGUACCAGGGUCAAGAGAUUGGCAUGAAGAACAUUCCGCAUGAUUGGCCCAUCGAGGAGUACAAGGAUGUGGCUACGGUCAAUUUCUUGAAGGAAUGUCGAGAAUUGGUCGAGCAAGGCAGGCAACCUCCGGCUGAUCCCAAGGAGGUGCCCGUCUUUGCGCAACAAAAGGCACGUGAUAAUGCGCGAACGCCGGUGCAAUGGACCGCCGGACCCCACGCGGGCUUCUCGACCGCCGAACCGUGGAUGAGGGUGCAAGAAGAGGAUGCAAAGCAAGGAUGGAAUGUGGAGGAAGAGCUGAAAGAUCGUUGGUCCGUACUUUCCGGCUGGCGAGACGCUCUGCGAGGAAGAAGAGAGUUCAAGGAUUGCAUCUUGUACGGCAAUUUCAACCUUCUCAAACCGCAGGACGAAAAAGUGAUGAGCUAUGUGCGCAACUCUUGCGACGCCCGCUCCAACUCCGACUCUGACUCUGCUCGCGCGAGCGUCCCGAGUCGCUCGUUGUUGGUCAUACUCAACUUUAGCGCCGACACGAUCGAUUCGUACGAACUGUCGCCUGAUGCGGCGCACGAGGCUCAAGAGGAUGCUCGGGUGCAGUACAAGAGCGAAGCGCCCAUCGUCGAGCUGCACGAUUUGGAAAAGAGGGCGAGAUUGGUGCUUGGAAGUAGAGAGGAUAGCAAAGAGCUGAGAUGGAAGGGACAAAUAUUGUCCCGCAUAAGACCUUUUGAGGGCUUGUGGUUCGAAUUGGCUCCGUCUAUUUGAUGGAUGUGGUCAUGUACGUCACAUCCAUCCAUGUGCUUAACCCCUCUUCCGCAGUGUCAAAUUGCCAUGCGACGCGUUGUCCCCCCCCC